UGACAAUUUAGAACCGGCGCCACUGGCUAUGUUGGCGGUGACUUUUUGUAUGUCCUCGCACAGGCUCAUCCAGACUGGAAUAUUUCAGUCUUGGUGAGAAACGUGGGCAAAGCAGCCAUCCUAUCCAAAGAGUACCAGAAAGUCCGCAUCGUCAAUGGCGACCUCGACUCGGCAGAGGUCAUCGAAGAAGAGGUCAAGAAUGCCGAUAUUGUUUUCCGUAUGUCCACCCCAAACUGCAUACUUAUAUGUACUGACAUUAUAGAAAUCGCGGACUGCGACCAUGUCGGCGCCGCAAAAGCCAUCGCCAAAGGAGCUGCCCAUCAUACUUCUGACCGACCAUGCUGGGUGAUUCACGCAUCAGGUACGGCCAGCUUUAUCUUCGAAGACACACGAGAGAAGACGUACGGGACUGAGCGGACAAAGGAAUACAAUGAUUGGGAUGGACUGGAUGAGCUGUUUAACCUUCCUGACGAUGCAUUCCAUAUCGACGUGGAGAGGACCAUUAUCGCAGCUGGUCGAGUCGAUCCGCAGCGUAUCAAGACGGCCAUCGUUUCUCCUCCGACUGUGUAUGGACCUGGUCGUGGCCCUACCAAACAGACCAGCAUCCAGGCAUACUUCCUUGCUAAAGCCGUCCUCCAACGAAAGAAGGGAAUAAUAAUCGGCGAAGGCAAGAAUGUUUGGAGCCAAGUCCACGUCCAGGACCUCAGCGAUCUCUUGCUCUCCCUCGCCGAAGCAGCUGCCGCAGGGGGUGGAAAUGCGACCUGGAACGAUGAGGGGUACUAUCUCUCCGAGAAUGGAUGGUACGUCUGGGGUGAUAUCGAAAGAGCCAUUGCCCAGGCCGCAUAUGAGAAGAAGUAUAUCCCAACUACCGAGCUCACGCCGUUUAGCGAGGAUGAGGAGUUGGGAGACACGCUUGGAUAUGGACUGCUCAUGUGGGGAUCAAAUAGUAGAGGGACUUCGAUUAGGGCGAAGAAACUGCUUGAAUGGAAUCCCACGCGACCGAGUAUGCUGGAGGAGAUUCCAGGCAUUGUUGAAGGGGAGGCGAGGGCGUUGGGGUUGGCUGAGUAGUUAUAGUGGGAGAAUUACUCAGCAGAACAGCAGCCGGAGGAAUAUUCAUGAGGGCAAGGAUGCGGACAACUAAGCAGAGGGGUGACAUUUGAUUGGUGGGGAUCUGCGUUAUGGAGUCUUCAAGAGAGGGGUAAUAUAGCGUGAGAAGAUAUCUUUGGCCAGGAUGGAGUAGUCGGGGCAGCUUGUGUAACGUGAGAAUCCUAUAUAAAAUAC